AUGCGCACUCUCAGCAUCGUCAUUCUCUCCCUACUGACUACCGGCCUUGUCUUUGCUCUCAUUGAGAUCGGCUUGGUCGGCUACGGCAUACAUGUCUUGACAGGGAGCUACGAGGUCCCCGUCUACUGCGACUCGUUCAGUUAUGACGUCUGCUACGAAUCCGUCAAGGGGAAAUCCCCCGAUGUCACUUCCCUUCUCAUGUUCUGCGCUGUCUGGACGACGCUCGUGUCUGGCGCCGCACUCGGAUAUCCUCUUUACCUGCACCAAAACAACGGCCAUCACCACAACAGCUGGCUCGCCCCGACUCUGAUCAUCGUCUACUUUCUCACCUGGGUCUUCUGGCUGGCCGGGUUCGCGGACUUGGCGUAUUUGAUUGGCACGUAUGGCACACCGAUUAUGAAUGCGGUGCUUGCAUUUGCUGUUCUCAGUUGGAUUCUCUUCAUGGCCCUGUUUAUCUUUAGCUUCCUGGCUAUCUUCGAUGUUAUGGAGGGCGAAUGGCCUGGAUACCUCGUUCUGAAGUCGAGGUCGUCGACUGCGGCCCCUACUAUUGCCCCUGCGGAGGCUACUACGGCACCUGUCGACACUGGUGUUGCAGGUGAGCCCAAGUACGAAACUGGCCACGAGCUGACUGCUUAG